AAACAACUCACUGACAGCGUCCAAAGAGUAAAGAAAUUGACAGAAAUUUAGGUAGAUUAUUAAUUUUUAAUUAUUUAGAACAGGCGGAAAGCAAUAACAGACGUAAAUUGAUAAAAUUUUAAAAAAAUUACAAAACGUAGUUGAUAUUGAAUGUAGAUAUUCUCCUUCUAAUAUAAAAUUAAUAUAUUGUUUUUGUUCAAAGUGAUUUGAUGUACUCCUUGAAUAGUGUGAUAAGUCAAGUGUUUACAGUGUAAAUCUUAAAGUAAUGAAAAAAUGAAUAAUAGUUCGGAUUACAUAUACUGGUCCGAGCCGCAUUGCUCGAAGGAUGCUCUUACCGAUACAUAUGGGUGGUUCAUGCAAAUUAUUUUGGCAGUUUUAGCAUUUACCUGUUUAAUAGGUAAGAGAUUUUGUGAACCACGUUUCGCCAGAAGGCCAUGGCUGAUAUGGUUUUACGACACAUCAAAGCAAGGCUUAGGAGCUCUUAUAAUUCAUGCAGCAAAUGUUUGGCUCUCACCACAUCUUACCGGAAACCCAUGCACAUGGUACAUUGUAAACUUUAUGUUGGAUUCAACUUUAGGUUUAUUGAUAAUAUGGGCGGGAAUCAGAUUAGCUCAGCACUGUGCAAGAGUUUAUGACAUACCAUUGAUAAAUUUUGGUGAAUAUGGUAAACCUCCAAUGUGCUCCGCGUGGAUAUGCCAGUGUAUAUUAUACGCGGCUCUAGCAACAUUUGCCAAGUCUGUCCUGGCGCUGGUGUUGCGCCUCCCGCCUGUGGUAGCGGUGCUGUCCACGUUGAGACUGUCUCCGGUGUCCGAUCCGCGCCUGGAGCUAGCUGUCGUUAUGCUUAUAAUACCAUUCUUUGUUAAUAUACUAAUAUUCUGGGUGACAGAUAACUUCCUAAUGUAUCAUCCCAGAGGAGUCAGUACUAAAAUUAAAACUAAGGUGAGAUACCAAUCGAUAAAGAAAGAGAAGUCUGGUUCGGAAGAGGACGAGCACUCGGCCGACGAGCGGCUGCUCGGCGCUAGCGUAUGACAAAACAGGAAGCCCACAACGCAACGGGCUGUGGUAUCGUAAUCUCUUAGUAAUAGUAACGUUUAGAAUACCGACCGACUGCUAGUUCCGUAAGUUCAGAAUUGUUUUCAUUAAUAAAGGUAUAAAGAGAUUGUUUCGAUCGCGGAAACGGGAUAAGCCAUUAGACUAAAGAAACUUAAAAGAGAACCAAUAGAACAACAGACAUUUUAUGGACCGAUUUUUUUUAGUUGCUAUAAAGUUGCAUUUAAAAAAAAAGCAAAGAACAUCGUUUGACAAACAGCCUAGAAAAUUAAACAUAACUGUUUUUGUUUUACCUCUUUAUAAAUAAAUUUAAAUAUGAUAUUCCAGAGGUCGGACUUCCGAGAAAAAUCUAUAGACAUAACGACUUUUUAAUUCACUAAAAUUUUUAACAAACAAGACAACAGUCAUUUAUGAAAUCUAAACCGAUGGUAAUAAACGCCCAUAAUUAAAAACGAACCAAGAAAUUCUAUUGUUGUUAUUAUUCAAUGCCGUAAUUUGAUUAAUAAAAGCAACUGUUUAUCGGACAACAAUCAUUGGAAAAUAAUUAAAAACAAAAUUAUAGAAAAAAUAAUGCACGUAUUUUCUUGAUAUAUCUGGUUUAUUCUCGAAACUAAAUAAUACCGGGAUAAUAAUUGGAAUUUUAUAAUGCUACCUAAGGCUUCAAUUCACUUCCAUACAAAAUUCCAAAGAUUCGCAUUCGUAAAUAUAAUGAGACUAAUAAAUGCUUAGCUCCCUAUAACACUGUGAGUUCAGUCAUUUUAACAGAUUCACGUCCAAUUUUUUUCGAAGAGUAAAAUAUUUUUAUACGUCUCAUUUAUGAAAUGAAUUGUUGUAUAAUGUUCCUAUAGUAAAAUUUAUGUUAGUUCUUAAUAAUACUGCUGAGAUCGUGUAGGAUCACGUGCUACGUCUUGCUCGCGCUUUCUGCACUAGCGGGCCGAGUGAAAAGGACGCAUAACUUAUAAGUACACAAUUAUUAUUAUGCUUGUUAUAACAUCUAUAGUGCCAUGUAUUUGGAAUUGUUUUGAAAAGACACAUCGAACCGAGACUGAAAUUCUGUUGGAAUAUCUCGCUAAUUCGAUUAUUUUUUUGUUUUUAUUUUAUGAAGUCGAUAUCAUUAUUUUAGUCGUCCUUGACCACGAAAACUGGGAAAUAUUCGUAGUAUAAGAAAUAAUAAAAUGAAAAUAAUAAACGCGGUAAUUAAUUUGUAAAAGUUGUUUUAUAAUGUCUACGACUCGCGCAAACCGAAUAACAAUACUACAUUGUUAAUUUUAUUUUGAAAUCAGCCAUAUUGCGUCAUGACGUGGCUGUCUGUCGUUGCUUGGGGCCCUAAAACCGAAUAAAUUUUAAUGUGCUGGCAAUUCUAAUGUUUGCUAAUGUCAAAAUAAUACUACAAAAAAAAAACGUUCAGAAAAAAUGAAAAUAAAUCCUGGCGUGUCGACAUUGAUUCAAUGAUUUCUUUCGUGCUGUGGCUGCUAGUAACACCAACGGGACAACGACGUGCACAUUGUGUGUUGCGAAAGACAAACAUCUUUAUGUUAAGGAUUGCGACUGAUUCCGAACCCCGUAGUACAAUAAUCAAGUUAACUGACCUUUAGAUCAAAGAAGAGAGAGAAAAACAAAAUUACGUGUUCUAGCGAGUCGUUUACAUUAUAUAAGGCAGUUCACGGUUCACGGCGAUCACAGUAGAAGAUCGUAUUUAAAAAAAACGCCUUCCAGUCAUAAAAGACAAAAAAUGAUUUAUUUUUAUUAGACAUCACACAAUAAUAGCUCUGAAUGAAAAUGUUCCCUAAUGAUUUUGAUAUUGUAAUCUAUGUUAAGACGGAUUAUUUAAAUUUUUUGUACAACAUCACAAAUAAAAAUAUUAAAUUAGACAUUUGUACUUAACCUCACAUAUUGUUGACACGAUUUUAUUUUAGAGCCUAAAAAAUAUGAAUAGUCUGUGGUAAGAAUCCAAGUAUCUGAGGACUUUUUGGCGGGAACGCGAGGAGUGACAUUGUGUGAUUUAUUUUAUUUUGCCUAUUUAGUGUUUCUUCAGGUUUAAAUGUGUAAUAACGGUGGUUUAAUAUCUGUGUAAGUGCACAGAUGUGGGAAAAUGAAAUAAAGCCGCUGGACGUAACUUCUCGGGAUCCUCCAAAAAGUCUUCUAAAAAAAUCUCAGUCAAUGACCACAUUUUACUGAGAUUAUAUUUCAUCCCAUAUCAUCUCAUUUCAUUUAAAUUCAUCUCAGUUGAUUAAUGUCUCAAAUUAAUCAUCUUCAUUUCAUUUCACUCCAUAUUAUCAUUUUUCAUAAAAAUAAGAAUAUAAAUUAAAAUAAGACAUGACUUAAAGGUCUUAGUUACCAGAUCAUAAAAUCCCGUGAAAAAAAGAAGUAUCUAAGAAAAAAUGCACGCGCCUGCAUCUGAAAAUAACCUAAACGUGUUUGUAUUUCGAUCUGAUUUUACCCUCCAUUGCUACAGGAACGAAUGAUAUUAAAUUAAUUGCCAUUUUAAUAAAAUGUGAAUAAGGUGUUAAUGAAAAAAUAUUUGAGAAUUUAAAUUUAGUAGAAAUUUUGGUUUUUGCAAUAAUAAUGUCGUUUAAGAACACCUGGCGAUUAGUUCUGAAAAAAUCCAUCGUGCGUUCUUGAAUUAGCAUUAUGAUAUUUCACGUGGCUAAGGAAUUAUUAGUAAGCUUAGUUACAUAUAUUUUUAAUUUUUCGCCCCAUAGUCGUAAUUCACCAAAUCAAUUUGACCCUUUCAUGCCUGGUGAUACGUUAAAAAGUGCAGCUCUAAAUGAAUAAAAUCUAAAAAUGAAUUCGAAUAUUUUUGUAGCUUUAUCUUUUAUUAACACCUUAUAAAUAAAUGAUGUAAAUAUUGGUUAAGGAAAAUGUUUUGUAAAAAUAAUAAUACAUGUAUAUAUUGGAUUACUUAUGAUAUAUUUUAUGCAUAUUUUAAUUGUUUGUGCAAAUAUAAUACGAUAUGUU